AUGCGAUGCGCGAGCAAGGCCGCCGAGAGCGCGUCUGCACGUCUCUGCGCUGGUCAUGAAGACACUCAUGUCUUCACAGAGUAUGAGCUCGGUGUCUCAUACUCUCCUGAUACGGAAGACGGAUCCGUAUCGACGGCGAUUGGGUCUAAUCCGCCUGCCAAGCGUGGCAUGGAUGAUGCUAUGCGUCGUAGCAUCUUUGGUUCAUCUGAUGAAUCAGAUGAACCAUCGCCAAAGCGAAGGCGCUCGAGGUCGCGAGACUCGGGCGCUAACAGUGGUGUCGGUUCUCCUGUGGACACCACUUCGCAACGAGGUGCCAGUACUUCUGUCGGCACAUCGCAGGAAGAGCGGGACCGCAAUGUCUUGCGUCUCGCUCCUGAGAAGAAGGCAUAA